CAUGAAGAAAAAAAAAAUGUUUCAAAAAUGAGUAUUGAAGAUAUCUCCAAAUCUCUUGGAUUGUAGGAGAUUUCCCAUGUGGAAUUAAAGAUCAAAUAAAAUAAAAUAUGGGUUAGUUGAUUGAACAGUUAAAUUACAUCUAGCAAUUAAGGAAGUUGCCUGGGUCCUGAAAAUGUUCAGGUACGUCUACACCGAUAUAGUAUUGGGAAUAAAAGCUUGGCCAUUUAUUAUGGACCACCUUUAAUAUAAAUAUUAAAAGCUUCAAUGCAGCCACAAUGCCGGCACAUUAACGGCCAGGGUCACAAUCUGCCGGCAACUAAGCCUUUCUCUAAGGUUUGACGCCGCAACUAUUUGCUACUCACCAUGUGCUUCUGCUUAAAUUAUUACUUUGGAGAUCAAAAGCAACCUAUUUAAAUAAUCUCCAUAUGAUCCAAUUAUUGACACCCUUGAAAGAAUUCCACUAGUUGUUUGAUUUUCAAUUUUUUAUAAUCUCCGUGGAGUACUCUGCAAUUAUCAUAAUAAGCUAGCAUCCUCUAUAUGUAGCUGCUGCAAGCUUCAGAAGCUGAGCACGUCUGCAUCAAUGACAGCUAAAGAAACCAACGAAGCAACAGAAGUUGCCACUAGAAAUGUUGCUGUCAUUUUUGGGGUUACUGGGCUUGUUGGGAGAGAGCUACUGAGACGUCUGCUCUCAAAAUCCAAAUGGAAAGUUUAUGGUAUAGCUAGAAGGUUUGAGAGCUUUCCUAUACAAAAUUCCGACUAUCAUUUCAUUUCAUGCGACUUGCUAAACGCUCAAGAAACCCAAAAGAAGCUCUCUAUCGUGCGAGAUGUGAGUCAUGUGUUUUGGAUCACUUGGGCAGGCCAAUUUCCUCUAGAUAGCAGGGAAUGUUGCGAGCAGAAUCUGGCUAUGAUGUCCAACGCCUUGAAUGCUAUCCUCUCUAAAACUAAGACAUUGAAGCAUGUUUCGCUCCAGACGGGAAUGAAGCACUAUGUGUCACUACAACACAAUCAGAAUGCGAAACAAGAAGUUUGCUUCUAUGAUGAGGAUUGUCCAAGAGCGAGUGAAGGUUAUAACUUCUACUAUGUCCUUGAGGACUUGCUCAAGGAGAGACUAGCUGGUAAGGUGGCUUUUUCUGUGGUAAGGCCUGGCUUGUUAAUGGGUAGUUCCAAUAGGACUUUAUACAAUGUCAUGGGUUGUUUGUGCGUUUAUGGAGCUAUUUGCAAAUAUUUAAACCUCCCUUUUGUUUUCGGGGGAACGAGGGAGUUCUGGGAGGAAGCGUGCAUGGAUGGGUCGGAUGCUGGGUUAGUAGCUGAACAGCACAUUUGGGCAGCUACCAAUGAUGAAAUAUCUUCCCCGGAUGGUCAGGCAUUCAAUGCCAUCAAUGGCUCAAGUUUUACCUGGAAGGAGAUCUGGCCAGUUCUUGGAAAGAAAUUUGAUGUGGAAGUGCCUCAAGAAAUGUUCUUGAAGGACUUCAGAUAUGCAACGGCAAUGAGUGACAAGAGGAAAGUAUGGCAAGAUAUUAUAGAGAAGGAAGGACUAGUAGAGACAGAGAUUGAAGAUUUGGCUAAUUGGGAGUUCUUGGAUGUCUUGUUUCGUUGUCCAGUGAAACUGCUCGGGAAUCGAGAGAAGGCUAAUCGGCUGGGUUUUACCAUGAGAUGCAAAACAAUGGAAUCAAUCUUGUAUUGGAUUGAUUCCAUGAGGAGUGACAAAUUAAUUCCUUAAUCUUUCAUUAGAUCUUUAAUUUGGGAUUUUGAUUAUGAGCAGAGGAAAGAAAGUGGUGCACCAUAAAGAAAUUGCUUGUACCACAAAGAAAGUGCCUGUAAGUGUUUGACUGUUUCUAUUUUCUUACGAGAACAUGAUACAGUAAAGAUAUGAGGAGUUAUUCAAAAGCAUCUAGAUUCUCCAACUAAGCGCCAACCUCUUCUCACUCGUCUUUGCCUUGGAGCAAGAGUCGUCAACCUCAAUUUUAGAUGCCUUCGUCGCUUGUUCAUGUCCAAAUCCUACUCCUAUGGAGCAAGCAUGGGAAUUAUUUGCUCGCUGGGCAAGGAUUUUUAUAGACUAUUAUCCUGUGACUGUCUCCCUUUCUAGAUACAUAUUCUGCUUUCUUC